AUGGCGGUGCGCGACACCAUAGAAAUCAUUGAUGGUGUGCACUCCGGAACAACCCGCCUGUCGUUGAAAACCCAGCUGGAGCGCUUUGGAGACAUUGACAUUUGUCACAAGAUUGGAGACCCUCGCGAGGAGCAUCCCGGAAUCAUCUGGAAUCCACACUGCAAGCUUCCUGACAGAGAAGCUUUCUGCUUUCCUGAACUGUGA